CGCCCGCCUUCCUCCAUUAGUUGCGAAGAAAUUCCUCGCUGGUCUCCAUUUCUUUUUUUCAAGUUUCUCAAAAGUUGGAGAGGACCAAGGUCUUCUCAUAUUACGAAAUGGCCUCGUUAAGACAGGUUACGAGGAGCGCACCCUCGUCGGCCUUCUUGAGGUCGCCUGCGCUUGUCGCAUCUUCCUGUGGCAGAUCUCCAGCCUACCGACGGUUACUGUCGAGCGCCGAAAUCUUCAAAUUUCCUACUGGCAAUGUAACGCCACUCACCUCUACUCAACUCCCCUCAGUAUACCUCUCUUCCGUCCGGUCGCCCUUCGUCCCCGAAACCAUAGCUACCUUACAGUUGCGCAACUUCCACCAGACGAGGCAAUGGCUUCAAGAACAACCCCAACAAUCCGCGCAAUCCGCCAAGCCAGAUCCCAAGCCUACGGAGCCGAAAGAAGACUCUGAGAAGGCCGCUUCAGGCGCAGAGUCAGAAGCAAAGGCUGGCUCGGAAGAAGAAGCUAAGAAACAAGAGGAGGAAGGCAAGGAGGGGGGUAAAGAGGAGAAAAAGGAAGACUUGCCUCCUCCACCGCCCCACGGUGAUAAGACACCAUGGCAGGUGUUCAUGGAGACUAUGCAGACUGAGUUCAAAGCUUCGAAGGAGUGGAACGAGUCAACAAAACAGCUCGCCGAUUCAGCCCACUCAUUUACCGAGAGCGAAUCCGUUCGUCGCGCAAGACAAGCAUACGAAAAUACCACUGGCGCAGUUUCGUCGACGGCCGGAAAGGUAUUGAAAACCUCGGCCACUGCGGUCGGGAAGGGCGCCGCAUGGACAUGGGAGACGCCGGUAAUGAAAGGCGUCCGAAAAGGAGCGAAUCUGACCGGCGAUAUCAUCGACAAAGCCACGAAGCCAAUAAGAGAAACCGAGGCAUACAAGAAUGUCAAGAACGUCAUUGAUGAUGGCAGCAGCUCUAGGUAUGGUGGCUGGGUUGAAAAGGAAGAACGAAGAAAAGCCAGGGAACUACGAGAGAAACAAGCUCAGUCUAUUCACGGCAAGGCGGAAGACAUGGUCGAAGAUCCCAAUGCCGGGACAAAUAUCACACUGCACAAAGAUGCUGCUUGGAAGGAGGCCUGGCGGGAUUUCCGAGACCAGAACAAAUUUGUUCAAGGGCUUUUCAAUAUGAAGGAGGUAUAUAACGAGUCCGAGAAUCCCUUAAUAACGACAGCGCGAAGUAUUACCGACCGCGUCGCUGGCUUCUUUGCGGAAAACGAAACCGCGAUGGUUAUUAGGAAGUUCCGCUCUAUGGAUCCUAACUUCCAGAUCGAGCCGUUCUUACAAGAGCUUAGAGAGUACAUUUUACCCGAGGUACUCGACGCUUACGUAAAAGGUGAUACAGAGACUUUGAAGCUUUGGCUCUCAGCCGCUCAGUACUCUGUAUACGAAGCUUUAACUAAACAAUACCUUCAGGCUGGGUUAAAGUCGGACGGCCGAAUUCUCGACAUACGGCAUGUAGAUAUCCUAAAAGCCCGUAUGCUCGAACCAGGCGAGAUCCCGGUCUUCAUUAUUACCUGCCGAACACAAGAAGUCCACGUUUACCGAAACGCCAAGUCAAAUGAACUUGCUGCUGGUAUGGAAGAUAAGGUUCAACUUGUCACAUACGCUAUCGGCAUCACUCGAACUCCCGAGGAUGUUAACAACCCAGAGACAAGGGGCUGGAGACUGAUCGAAAUGCAAAAGAGCGGAAGGGAUUACAUAUAAAGCGAACGUUUGACCAUUUACGAUACGUUGCCGACGCUACGAUAUUUAUGUUAUAAUACUGUAUAUUACCGACUAAAAGACGGCAAAUUAGAGGCCGUAGUAGGCGGUUUCACCACACCACUCCGAUAUUGGUAGCCUUGGAUUAAGGCGAGUAAGGCGUUGGAGGGCGGCAUUGUAUGAUAGACAAAAGGUGCAUAUAUGGUAACGCAUGAAAAUUGCGAUGUGCAUUAAGUCUAGGGAAAAAAAUUCCAUGAUACAAUAAUCAAAAAGAAGUAAAACAACAAUGCUCCAUAUUCACUGGUGUCUCGAAUUAGCUUUAAUACAUAACAUAGGAGUCAGCUUCAGAGGGAGUACUGUAGUGUACUCCCUCU